AUGGCGUCCAUGUUGGAGCGGUUCGUGAGUCCGGGCAAAGGUAACGGUCUGCGGGCGACGACUGCAAUCAAAAGCGGGAGGUUGCUCUUCUCUGCCGAACCGCUGGCGACCUGUGUGUCGUCAAAAGUGGCCAAAGAUGUGUGUCAUUCCUGCUUCGCGAGACAGAAGAACUUGCUGCGGUGCUCCCAGUGCAAGAUGGCCCGAUACUGCAACAGCAUAUGCCAAAAACAAGCAUGGUCUGACCAUAAGAGGGAGUGCAAAUGUCUACAGCGCAUCCUUCCCAGGACUCCUACUGACUCCGUUCGGCUAGCAGCAAGAAUUAUUUUUGCAAUGCUAACUCCAGCAAAGAACCGCAGUGAGGAGCUCUACACAUUAGACGAACACGAAUCACAUCUGACCUCCAUGUCUGAGCAGAAGACACAAGGUCUAUCUCAAUUGGCGUCUAUGCUAGAGAUGUACCUACAAGAGGAAGUGCCUGAACUUGCACUAGAAAUGACAUCGACAUUGCCACAGUCUUGUAGACGGACCCUCGACUUGAUUGCAAAGGUUACGUGUAAUUGUUUCACCAUAAGUGACGGAGAGCUGAAAGAGAUUGGAGUUGGGCUGUAUCCCAGUUUAUCGCUGCUAAACCAUGACUGCAGGCCAAACUGUGUGACGGUGUUUGAAGGAACAAAGCUACACCUAAGAGCUGUUCGGGAUAUUAAACCUGCAGAGGAGCUAACAAUUAGCUACAUAGAGACGUUGUCAGUGACAGAAGAACGUCAGAAACAACUGGAGGAGCAGUACCAUUUCACAUGCCGUUGCCAGAAAUGUGACUCCAAAGACACGGACAAAUUCAUGCUGUCAGGUGAAGAGAAAGCAUGGAAAACAUUGAUGGAAACAUUAUCAAAACUGGAAAAACUUAAGGAAGCCUCAGAUUGGCAAACCCUUCUAGAUGGCUGCGCAUGUGUCUUAUCAACUGAGGGUGCUGAUGUGCCUGAUGAAAACCUCUACAAGCUACGACUGACAGAUUUGGCACUGGAUUCUGCUAUUCACCUCGGUCACUGGGAGAAGGCAACAAGAUAUGGGGAAAGGACACUUCCGAUUUACAGACAUUACUUCCCUGAUCCUCAUCCGGUCCAUGGAAUCCAGCUGAUGAGAGUUGCAAAACUGCAGCACUAUUUGGAGCGCACUAAAGAUGCUCUGGGCACCUUCCAACAGGCCUUUGAAAUCCUCAAGAUCACACAUGGUAUUGAUCACCCCUUGGUGGCUGAUUUGCUGGUCAAGAUGGAAGAAUGUCGCUUUGAGCUGGAUCAAUGA